UCUCCAACCCUGGUCAACUGCUCCAUAUAUGGAGCGGUCGGAUUCCACAGCAAAACACACUACACAGCUAGAGAGAGGGGGUGGUCAGACAAAGAACAGGGUGAGUUGUAUCUCCCUUUUUUAGAUGAAUCAAGUCUACGGGAUGUCCUAAGGAACCCUAAAAUUACAACUUUACUUUGUGAGGCAAGGUCUGUUAGAUUUCGGAGACAAUUGAAGAAGAUGAUCCAGGUCUACGGAAAGUCAUCAAGGACCAUAAAGCCAAGAUGAAGGAGCGCUUCGAGUGCGUAUUCGAAGGCAUCGAAAUCAAAGAGAACAAAAAACUGCUUGAUAACAUCUACACCGACCUCUACAUCACAGAGGGGGACGGAGAGGCCGCGGACGAGGAACACGAAGUCUGGCAGCUCGAGACAGCAUUCAAGAAGCAGUCGCCGAGGGACACCCAAAUCGACUGCAACGACAUCUUCAAACCUCUGCCAGGAGAAGAGCAGGGAGGUCGAAUUCGGCUAGUGCUGACCAAGGGAGUGGCGGGCAUCGGGAAAACCGUCUCCAUACAAAAGUUUGUUCUCGAUUGGGCGGAGGGAACAGCCAACCAGCGCGUCCGAUUCAUGUUCGUGUUCCCUUUUCGCGUGCUGAAUUCCGUCAAAGAUGAGCACAGCCUCCAGACACUCCUGCUUGGGUUCCACCCGGAGCUGAAAUGUCUGGCCAAUCCGGAAGAGUACUUCGACAGCGAUCGGACAGUGUUGAUAUUCGACGGCCUGGACGAAAGCCGGCUGCCACUGAACUUUACGGACAACGAAGUGUUCUUCGACACUAACAGAGUGUCGUCGGUGGACGCCCUGAUAACGAACGUCGUCCAGGGAAACCUGCUCUCGUCCGCUCUGGUGUGGAUCACCACGAGACCGGCAGCGGGGGGGUUGAUACCUUCCAAGUAUGUCCAUCAGAGGACGGAGGUGCGGGGCUUCACCGAGGCACAGAAGGAGGAGUACUUCAGGAAGAGGUGUGUGGAGCCCAAUCAGGCUGAGAAGAUGCUAGCGCAUAUCAGGGCUUCUAGAAGCCUCCAGGUCAUGUGCCACAUUCCAGUGUUCUGCUGGAUCACUGCCACCGUCUUCCAGAAGAUUCUGAGGCAAACAGAAAACAAUGACAGAGACGGCGAUGGUGGCGAUGACGGUGAGAUCCCCAAGACUCUCACCCAGAUGUACGUCCACUUCCUGCUCAUCCAGACCAGCAUUAGUGACCAGAAGUACCAGCGGGGGCACGGCCCGACGGACCGCAAGGGACUGCUGCUGUCACACAGAGACACAGUGCUAAAGCUGGCCCAGUUGGCCUUCAGGCAGACCAUGAAGGAGAACGUCAUAUUCUCCAAAGACGACCUGAGAGAGUGUGGCAUCGAUGCGGAGGAUGCCUCUGUGUACUCGGGCAUGUGCACCCAAAUCUUCCAGGAGGAGUCGGUCUUCUUUCAGCAAAAGGUCUUCUGCUUCGUGCACCUGAGUGUCCAGGAGUUCCUGGCUGCAUUUCACGCCCUUGUGGCCUACGCAGACGGGAACCUUGAGGAACUGAAGCCUCUCAUCAGCAAACGAAGGUCAAAGAGACCCAAAGGUGAUAUGACCCUGGAGCGCCUGUUGAUAGAGGCCCUGUACACGGCCCUGAACAGUAGGAACGGCCACCUGGACCUCUUCCUGCGCUUCCUGCUUGGCCUCACCCUCCCGUCCAAUCAGCACCUGCUGAAGGGCCUUCUGGCCAAUCCGCUGCAGCCGCCGCAUGGCACGGCGGAGACGGUGGACAACAUGGUGCAGUACAUCAAGGACUACCGGGGCAAGGGGUUGUCCCUGUCACCGGAGAGGUGCAUCAACCUGUUCCACUGCUUGCUGGAGAUGAACGACCGCACCAUGCAUCGGGACAUCCAGCAGUACCUUCAGCUCGUUGCAGAGACAGGCAGCGGGUCCUCUUCAUCGCCCUCAUCUUCCUCCUCGUUCAUCCGGAGGGAUCUGUCUCCAUCGUUCUGCUCUUCGCUGGCCUAUGUGCUGCUGAUGUCUGAGGAGGUGUUGGACGAGCUGGACCUGAGGAAGUACAAGACCCAAACCGACGAGGCCAGGAGGAGGCUGGUCCCGGCAGUCAGGUGCUGCAGAAAGGCACUGUUUUCAGCAUGUAACCUGAAUGCGGUAUCUUGCGAGACCAUCGCCUCUGCUCUGCAGUCUCUUGACUGCCCCCUGGUGGAGCUGCACCUCGGCAGAAAUGACCUGGGGGACGCAGGUGCCGCCACACUCUUCGCUGCCCUCCUGAGUCCACACUGCAAACUGCAGACACUGACGAUCCCGGAUUGCAAGGUCACUCAGAGCUCCUGUGAGAGUCUGAGUGCUGCGCUUCAGUGUCCUCACAGCCACCUCAGAGAGCUGGACCUGAGCCACAACCAGCUGGAAGACUCUGGUGUGAUGCAGAUCUGCAAAGCCUUGAAGAGCCGCCACUGCACACUCCACACUCUCAGGUUGGCGGGUUGUGGUGUGGCGGAGGUAGGGUGUCGAGGCCUCAGCUCUGCCCUCAGGUGCCCCAGUUCUGCCCUGAGGGAGCUGGACCUAACAGACAACAACCUGAAAGACGCUGGAGCUAAACAUCUUUCCAAUGCACUCGGCAGUCCGCAGUGUAAACUCCAGAAACUCAUGCUGGUUGGCUGUCAGAUUGCUGAGGAAGGCUGCUCGUCAUUGGCUAAAGCGCUGCGCUCAAACCCCGCCCACUUGCAGCACCUGGACCUCAGCUACAACCACCCCGGCGACACCACGGCAACCGAGUUGCUUUCUAUGACGACAGCCCAUGCCACCUCUGCUUCUAGCCCUCUGACCAUCAGUGUUGAGCACAGUGCCCCAUGCCGCUUGAGAUCCGGACUGCAGAAAUAUGCGUGUGAUUUGACCCUGGACAUUAACACAGCACAUAGGAAACUGUCUGUCUCUGAGAACCUGAAGGAUGUGUCGUGCAACAUGCGCGAGCAGUCCUACUCAGACCACGCCCUCAGGUGUGACACCUGGCAGGUGUUCUGCCGAGAGCCGCAGUGCCGGCGCGCCUACUGGGAGGUGGAGAGAGGGGGCUGGUACGGCAUCGUCAUCGGGGCCUCCUACCGAAUCCCCAACAGCAGCAGCGCCGGUGGUGGUGGUGAUAUUAGUGACAGUGGCGAUGAUGGAACCUCCUACAGAACACCCGACAGCAGUGCCAGUGGUGACGUUGGUGGCAAUGUUAGUGGCAUUGGGGAUCCUGGGGCCUCACAUCAGAUGCCCCACAGCAGCAACAUGGACGAGGGUGGUGAUAUUGGUGGCAUUAGCGAUGUUGAUGCUGGCAGGGCUGGGGUUUGUCAUAGCAGCAGCAGUGGCGAUGCCAGUCAUAGCAGCAGCAGCACUGCCAGCAGUGGUGGCAUUGGCAGCUGUACCACUGGAAACAGUGGUGACAAAAUUGGCAUCAGGGGUGGCAUCAGUGAUGUUGCCAGUGCCAGUAUUGCCAACUCUGGUGCCUGUGACGGUGACGGUGCCAGCAGCAGUGAUGACGAUGACGAUGGUGCUAUCAGUGGCUCCGGUGGGGAUGGUGGUGGUAGUGCCAGACACAGCGGGGAUAGAGAUGGUGGGGGCAGAGGUGGCGGCAACAGUGAUGGUGGUGGCAGUGGUGGCAGAGAAGAUAAGAAGAUUGGAUACAACAGCUGGUCGUGGAGCCUGGCCUGCUACGGUCAUAGGUACACAGCCAGGCAUAACAAACGUCGAACGAAUAUCCCCGCUCCUGUGCCUGAUGUCUGCCGCAUAGCCGUGUACCUGGACUGGCCUGCUGGCAGGUUGUCCUUCUACAUCGUGUCCAGAAGAGGAGGAGGAGGAGGAGAAGAAGAAGAAGAAGGAGGAGGAGUAGGAGAGGAGGAGCUCAUCCACCUGCACACCUUUCAUUCCACCUUCACCCAGCCGCUCUACCCAGCUUUCAGGUUUAUCUUCGCAGGCUCCAACGCUUCCAUCUGCGACGUUACCUCGGUAGCCGAGGUCAGACAUCACAGUCCAGACCCGGCUGGCUCGAACAAAAAAAAGCCCAAAACCUAAUACCUUUCCUGACAAAACACACACUGGCAUGGGAGGAAGAGUGACUUAUGAAUGUCCUAAAAGCCUGGAUUCAGGUAUUGACUUCAGUGCGCUGUCUGUUUCUUAAAUACUCUGACUAGCUGGGCUGGCCAGUGGGCAGACUUUUCUUCUACAUCAUCUGAAGAGGAGGAUGAGGAGGAGAAGAAGGAGAGGAGGAGGAGCUCAUCCACCUGCACACCUUCCAUUCCACCUUCACCCAGCCGCUCUAUCCAGCUCUCAGGUUUAUCUUUGCAGUCUCCAAUGCCUCCAUCUGCAACGUUACCUCGGUAGCCGAGGUCAGACAGCACAGCGCAGUCCAGACCUGGCUGGGUUGAACCUAAAAAGGCCCAAAACCUAAAACCUAAUAAAUACUACACCAACACAGGUGGAGAUGGACUAACAAAUGAACUGAGCGCUCAAGCUAGUAGCUCAAGCUCAAACUAUUGGCUCAAUUUCUAUCAUAUUGUCUGGAGUCUGUUUCUAACUCUGGUCCACCUACACACCUUCCACUCCACCUUCACCCAGCUGCUCUACUCAGGUUCAUCUUUGCAUCUGCAACGUUACCUCUGUGCAGGGGCAGUCCUAAAGGCAGCAUCCCGGGGCAGCAUCCGUAUGGAGGUGGCAUCAUAAGGUGAAAAAAGUGAAAGCCCAUUGGGAAACUCCAAAUCCCAUUGUCAUUGUGACACAGCACUCCACAGCACACAAGUGAACACUGCACACUGCACACAACAAAAUUGCAUUUAUGCCUCACCCGUGCAAGGGGGCAGCCCUCAGUGGCGCCCCAUGGGGAGCAAUGCGGUGGGACGGUACCAUGCUCAGGGUACCUCAGUCAUGGAGGAGGAUGGGGGAGAGCACUGGUUGAUUACUCCCCCCACCAACCUGGCGGGUCGGGAGUCGAACUGGCAACCUCUGGGAUGCAAGUCUGACGCCCUAGCCGCUCACCCAUGACUGCCCAUCAUCAAGAUACUCCAACCCCCACUUGCUGAAAAAUCUUGAACUACCAGCUACUAGCUUGUUUAGUAGCUACAAUAUCAACACUGGUGUGUAUAUGUUAAUCUUACUAGCCAAGCACACACUCACUAAUGGAUCAAAGUGACUGGUAAGAUGUUUUUUUCUACCAGACAAGAUGAAAUUUCACCAGCAUUUGGCCGGUUGACGGGUGUGAUUUCAGAGCCCUAAUAGCAGCUAAUGUCAUUGAGGCUGCCAUGCAAUCACCCAGUGUGGCACCCGUAUGGAUGGAGGCGGCAUCAUCUUCUCUGCGCUUCAUCUUUAGAGGCUGUAACACUUCCAUCUGUGAUGUCACCUCGGUUGCCACAGUCUGCCUACACAGUCCAGACACGGCUGGCUUGAAUCUAAAAAAGCCCAAAACCUAAAAUCUAACCUAAAACAAGACACUAGCGUGGGAGGAAGACAGACCAACAUGAAUGAACCGAAAGCUCUGUUAUAAGCUCAAUUUUAUCAUAUGGUCUGGAUUCAGGUUUUGUGCUCAGAGACAAAUGAUUCUCAAAGUGGGGUCCGUACUUAGUAACACGUACUUUUGGUGCGAGGAACCAUCACGAAGAUUCUGUGCUGAGCGGUGUUCAGAUUUUUAAUAACACUCCAUGGACCAUGUUGCAUAUUCUUAUAGGUUAGCUGUCACUAUCUGUGUACUGUAAUUGUACUAUUGAGGAAUGCUGUGACGUAAUGGAGAAUUCUGCAUCGGAAUGUAGUGCAGACACGUUUUCAAACUUCUUUUAAGGGGAUUCAAUCAGUUGUCAUCUGAAAUAGACUGUCUCAUAACAUAACCAAAGUGAUGAGUGAACUUCUCGCUGUUCAAAUUGAACACCUUGUCUACACAUAGCGGAACGCUUUGAUAAAUGGGUUUUUUCUUUCAUCCAUUUUACGAAAUAGCGUUAACCUUUACAAAAUAAUGUUAAAACCUUAAUAUUUUAGUUUUUAGAAAUAGGUAUAAGAAAGAAUAGUUGGUAGAGGAAACACCUCUGUUUUUUGUGUAAAUUGAAGGCCUAAAUGGUGGAAAAGGUCUCUGUUUAUUAAAAAAAACACCUGUUUGUAUGUAAACGGGCUGAAAACUAUUCCUUUUUUUAAAGAUCAUACACCCAUGUCAGUAUGCCUCCAUACUUGAUAGUGAUGUGCCCUCACCAUGAUAAUAAGUACUAUUAAUUCGCCAUGAUAAUAAUCUGAUGAUAAUAGUCACAUGUCUCUGAUACCGGCUAACCACCCUUGACUAACAAAUGUUCUGUGGGACACAGUAAACACUACGACUCUGUCACUGCUGUCUAGCUGCGGCAGCAGUCCCUUGUCCAUCAGUGUUUCGCCUGUGACCUAGAGUGUACUGGGAGUAGUGAUGAGUAGAGGAUGGCUAUUUGGGAAAGUGCAGUCUUAAUCCAAAGUGACACUCCAGAGCCCUGGGAAAUCUGGGAGUCAUGCUCAUAGUGCACACAAAUACAGACAGAGUCACGCAGAAUGUGCACACAUGCACGUACACACAACAUAAAAUACGAGGACACUUUUUUUUUUUUUAAUUGUUUCUAACAUCCUCUCAAUACAAAACAACCUUCUCAUUUUUUAGUGGCAAAGCCAAAGAGGACUGUCCUGCCUUUUUGUUUUUAAGUGAUUGUGAUAUUUUACACCCCUUCUUGUAGUCUAGUCUGUAACGUCGGAAAAUGUACAAUAUACCGUAUAUUGUUUCAUUUGAAACGGCGUUGAAGAUAUGUACAUUUUGUGUAUGUAUGAGAUGCACAGCGCAUGAAAUUACAUUGUAAAAUCAAAAAUAUUAAGUGACUAUGAAUAUGUAUGACAAAUUGGAUUUUUUUUAAACUGCACGCAUCAAUGUUGAUUAUAAGAUAGUAUACAUUUUGUAUUUAAGAAUAAAAAAAACAAAUCUAUUUGGCUUUUUUUACCUACCUGUCUCCAGAAAUUCACCUACAGUACAUCCAUCAGUGGUUCCCAACGUUUUUCUUCUUAAGGGACCCAUAAUUUUACCAUUGUAAACUUUGGUGACCCUCCCCACGGUGUGCUGCAUAGGAGGCGUUUACUUGUUACUUGCGUUACACUUGCAUUGCUCAUUGUGAAAACUGACUGUUGUUGAUCUAUAAAAAUGU